GCCGGGCUGCGCGGCCAUGGCAGAGUCGAUGCAGGAGGAGCUCUCGGCCUUGGCCGCGAUCUUCUGCGGGCCCCACGAGUGGGAGGUGCUGAGCCGCUCAGGUGGCCACAAUGGCUAAGCCUGGAGAUCAGGAGCCAGGAGCUUCCUGCGGGUCUCCCACGUGGGUGCAGGAGCCUGAGGACGUGGGCCCUCCUCCACUGCUUUCCCAGGCCAUAGCAGAGAGCUGGAUCAGAAGUGGAGCAGCUGGGACUCCAACCUGGCCCAUAUGGGAUCCCCCCACUUUCAAAUAUACUCUGCAUUUGAGUAGGCAUGAGACAGAUGGGGCCGUGGUCAGAGUCCGCACUGAAGCCGAAGGACUGAAGGGUGUGCACGUGCCCUUGGAGCUCGUGUUCCAUUUACCGGCUAGCUACCCUCUGUGUCUCCCUGGGAUCUCCGUUCACUCCGAGCACCUGACCAGGACCCAGUGCGAGGCUGUGAGAGGGAAGUUACUGGAGCGAGCGGCGCAGCUCGUGUCGGAGCCCAUGGUGCACGAGCUGCUUCUCUGGAUCCAGCAGCAUCUGGGGCGCAUCCUGGCCGGCCUGGAGACGAAGGCGGGCAGCCCCCAGCGCGCUUUGCCAACAAGCACGGCUGCGGACGACGGCCUGUGGAUGACUCUUCUGCAUUUAGAUCACAUGAGAGCAAGGGCCAAAUACAUCAAAACCGUGGAGACGUGGGCUUCAGACUUGAGGCUGACGGGAAGACUGAUGUUCCUGGGUAAAAUCAUACUGAUUUUACUCCAAGGCGACAGAAACAACAUCAAGGUGCCAACAAGAGUACCUGAUUCUUCAGAAAACCUCCAAAGUAGAUGUGGACUCAAGUGGAAAGAAAUGCAAAGAGAAAAUGAUUAGUGUACUGUUUGAAACAAAAGUGCAGACGGAACACAAAAGGUUUCUGGCAUUUGAAGUCAAAGAGUAUUCAGCGUUGGAUGAGUUACAAAAAGAAUUUGAAACUGCGGGACUUAGGAAGCUUUUCUCCGAAUUUGUUCUUGGGCUCAUAAAAUAAAAGGGAAGACAGGACUCUUACUAAAACAGCAGUGUUUGUUGUUGUUUGUGCACUGGGUUUUGGGAGUAGCUAAUGGAAAUAGUCAUGCUGGAACAAUUUUUAAGUUCCUCUGAAUCAAAGUGAAAGGUGUCAUCCUAACUUCAGGAACAAAUGCCGGCUGUGUUUUACGGAAUAUUGAACAUAUAAAAACCCUGUAUUUUUCUCUGUUUGCCAGGAAAGACUAGGUUCAAUAGAUGGACCAUUAUUUGAAAACAAAAUUUAAAAGAAGAUGGUAAAUGAGCCUUUGUUUCCACGUGUAGAAUUUGUUUGGAACUCUGCAGUUUUCUGACUUUUCAUAAUUAAAUCAUUUUUUAAAAGAUUUGUUUUCAUGUUUACAUUUUCAGCAUUUGAUCAUAAUUCCUUGUCCUCCCACCCCCCCCCCCCCAGCAAUUCAGCUUAUUAUGUCUAGUGUUUCAAGUUGAAUGUUAAGAAAAAUUCCACACUCAUUUCUUUGUGGGAUUGUGUGUCAUGUGUUUAAGUACAAACCAGGGGCUGGCGCUGUGGUGCAGUGGGUUAACGCCCUGGCCUGAAGCACCAGCAUCCCAUAUGGGUGCCAGUUCAAGAGCCGGCUGCUCCACUUCUGAUCCAGCUCUCUGCUGUGGCCUGGGAAAGCAGCAGAAGAUGGCCCAAGUCCUUGGGCCCCUGCUCCCUAGUGAGAGAUCCGGAGGAAGCUCUUGGCUCCUGGCUUCGGAUUGGCGCAGCUCCGGUUGUUGUGGCCAAUUGGGGAACCAGCGGAUGGAAGACAUCUCUAUCUCUCUCUCUCUCUGCCUCUCCUCUCUCUGUGUAACUCUGACUUUUGAAUAAAAAUAAAUAAAUCUUUAAAAAAAAGUACAAACCAAAGAAGUUCUGUAGAACCUGAUUUAUAGUUUCUUUCUUUGAGAUUCUAGAAGCUAGGUAGGGUUAGAGAGUUAAUUUAUUUAUCUUCUGGAUUUAUAAGGGGAGAAAUGUUUACACAAAAUGAAACCGGCUUGCUGGAUGGGGAAGAUGAUAUAGAGAUACUACUUUUUAUUGCUUGUGAAAUCUGUUAAAGCAUAAUAAAAUAUAUUUAUUAUGAUCUAAGGAGAGAUGAUGCCAUAAAAUAAAAACUUGCAUUAAAGGUUUUGUUUUACUGUAGCAAAGAUGCAAGCAGGCAUUUCUAUUUGAAGAAGGAUAGUUGUGUGCAUGAAGCCCCUGGACUUUUAAAUACAAGGGGCUGAGUCAUUGCUAAAGGCCAAAUGAAUCCCUCUCACUGUUUCCUGUGAGAUCCAGUGAUGUCCCCAGCCAGUUACACUGCCGGGGGAGAGGCGUGUGGAAACCACUAUGACAUGCUGUAUCUGUGGUGGCUUAAGCCAACUAUCUCAUCUUCAGGCGCACUUCUAAUAAAAUUAUGCCCACCGGUUGAUGAUUUUACAGACUUCUACUAAUGAAGGGGAUUUUGGCUUAUUUUAUCUUAUCAUUGGGUGUUUAUGAUUCCCCCUCCCCACCCAGAGAACUAGUAAGUGUUAUAUUGUUCUGUGACAGGGACAUAACAUGACAAAGAGACACUAUCCUAUUGAAAUGAAAAACAGAAAAUGGCAUUAAAAAUUUGGGGGUGGUUGUUAUUACCCCUUUCAUGUAAUUUGUUGAACUUUUAGUGGAAAAUAAAACAGUGAAAAACAAUACCAUUGAGAUUUUGGCGAUAUGGUGAGACAGAUUGAGGGGGGAUCAUGAUAUCAUAACAAAGUUAUCUCCAUCAAGCCUGUAAUCAUAGCAAUGGCAGGAGGUUUGAUUUAAAUUUGAUCACAACAGAACUCCUGGUCCUCUGUUUUACCUUGGUUCUUCUGGUGUCUUCCUGCUCCAUGCAUUUUCAAACUUUCAUCUUCAGAUGUCACCACCUGCUGCUAUAGAAGAGCCUGAAUCAGGACAAACUGAAUAUUACUGAUGGCUUUCUUCAACUUAAUUAUGAUCCUGUCUGCUAAAAUUAUGUUCAGAAAGUAUGGGCCAUUAUAACCACCAUUGACGUUUGUAUCACGGUGUUUCACAAAUGCACACCACAAUGGAAACCGAAUCUUGAAGCUGUUUGCAAUUUCUAUGAUUUUAAUUUGACUGCUGGAUAAAAUAAAAUUUAAAAUUACAUACCAAAAAGUUUUAAGAAUCUAUUUAAUAUUUC